GUCACUGCAUACAGUACAUAAAAUAAUCGGGGGAGAAAGGAGAAUGUGUUAAACAUAAUGGACACUCAGUACAUCCAUAUGACAGUCAUCUGUCUUCUGUAUUUUUGGACUAUGGCUUUAGCAGCUGAUCAACAAUGCAAUGAUUCGUAUGAGAAAGAUGGCAAAUGUUGUGAACUUUGUCCACCAGGUAAAUUUGUGAAGAAGCAAUGCACAGCAAGCACCAAAACUGACUGUGGUGACUGCCCAGUGGGCUUCUACUCUGAGACCAAUGACCGCUUUGAGGACUGUCAACCYUGCCUCAAAUGCCAACAAGUCUACACAAGAGUGUGCACCUCAACCGCAAAUGCAAACUGUUCGUGUGGUUCUGGUUUCCUGUGCUCAGACUACGUCUGCUCAAAAUGUGAAAAGGAAAAUAAAUGCCGCAAGGGGGAGGAACUAAAAAGGACAGGUUCCAGGGAGUACACUUGGAAAUGUGUCCCAUGUCCUAAUAACACAUACUCUGACACUGAACAUGGUCACUGCAAACUGUUGACACAGUGUAGUGCACAUGGACUUGAUGUGAUCUUCCCUGGGAACAAGACCCAUAACUCAAAAUGUGGCAUACAUGCGACAGGAAGCAAAGAGGACGGGUGUUCCAUUCAGCUGAUUCUGGCCAUUGGCGCCUUCUUCUUUACUGUCACCCUCCUGGUGUUCCUCACUCAAGCCUGCAUCAGGAUAAUCAGACACAAGAAGCUUAAAGCCAUGAACUGCCCUGCUACAAGUACUUCCAUCGCUUCCUCAGAUAUAUGUGUCUGCCCGCUGUCAAAGGAGGAGAGUGGUGGCCUGCUCAUCCAGCAGGCUUGUACCAAGGACCAUGCCAGCCAGAGUCUGCUGUCAAUGGAAAGCAUCUCCACUGUAUGAUCUGACAUGUGUUGCAGGAGUGCUUUUAUUUCAGAGAUAGCAUGGCAGCUAGUCCCAAGUGAACAAAUUCAAGUCUUCUACAGAAACAACGUGCAUUAAGCCACCUAUAAUUCCCCUGUAUUUUGUAAUCUUGUUUAUCGCUUGCUUCCUUCAUUUGUGCAGUCUUUCAUCAUUACUAAUUAUUAUUUCUACAGCUUUUCUUACUUUUUUUGCACAAUUAAUACUUUUUUUUUUUUUUUUUACUAUUUCUUAAGAGUAAUAAUAAUACUCAUGUAAAUGACUGAUAAGAACAUUAACUGUUCUCUCAGCUAUGACAAAAACAUGUAGAGGCAUCUUCUAAUUCCUGAUAUUACUUUCUUUCAUUUUUAAACAAGAUUUGAACAAGUGAAAUCAAUGCAAUCAAUGUCAAAUUAAUAUAAGUUCCAUUAACAAUGUGUAGGCUAUUGUGUCGAUUCACUUGAUUGUAUAAGUGGGUAUGAUUGCCUAUAAAAUGUGACCUUCUACAAAGGUGUUUCCCUGUACAGAUCAUAAAAAGGCUUAUUACUGUACUUUUUUGUUUAAGAAUAAAUGAACAAUUUUAUAAUUUUA